AUUCCCUCUUUUGCCCCCAGAAAAUAAAUAAUUAAAUAAAUAAGGGCUUCUUCUUCAGAAUUUUUUUAGGGUUUUUCGCUCUCUUCACGAAAUUUUCUCUUUCUAAAGGGAGUCCUUAAUUUUCUACUUCUCCAAGUAAUAUCGGGCUAUGUAAAUGCUCAUUAAGCAACAAGAUGAGCAACGACGUUUUUGAUGGGCAGAUACUGACCGAGAAACUGUCAAAACUAAACAAUUCGCAACAAAGCAUUGAAUCAUUGUCUCGUUGGUGUAUUACUCAUCGGAAGAAGGCAAAACAGAUUGUUGAAACAUGGGACAAACUGUUUAACUCUUCCCAGAAAGAACGAUGCGUUUCUUUUCUGUAUUUGGCUAAUGACAUUUUGCAAAAUAGUAGGCGAAAGGGAAGCGAGUUUGUAAAUGAAUUCUGGAAAGUUCUUCCGGUAGCUCUCAAACAUGUGUAUGAUGAUGGUGAUGAGUAUGGAAAGAAGGCUGUAGCCAGACUGGUUGACAUAUGGGAAGAAAGAAAAGUUUUUGGUUCUCGAGGGCAAAAUCUUAAAGAUGAAAUGCUUGGGAAGAAUCCUGCUCCUCCUCCUCCUGCUCCUGUUGCAGUGAACAAUGGAAAAGGCUCAAAUCCUAUCAAGAUAGUGAAGAGGGAUGCUCAUGCAGUGAGAAUUAAAUUGGCUGUUGGAGGUCUUCCAGAAAAGAUACUAACUGCAUACCAAUCUGUGCUCGAGGACAAUCCAAGUGAGGAUACUGUUUUAAACAAGUGUAAUGCUGCUGUACAAAAUUUGAGUAAACUAGAGGAAAAUGCUGAAAGUUGUUUAGCUCAAGGGAAUCAGAAUGGAUCUGCUUUGCUAGAUGAGCUACAGCUGCAAGAAAAUGCUCUCCGCCAAUGUGUUGAACAACUUGAAAGCAUUGAAACAACCAGGGCUGCCUUGAUUUUUCAACUUAAAGAAGCACUUCAGGAACAAGAAUCAAAGCUGGAGCUUAUUUGUAGUCAGCUUCAGGUUGCUCGUGGUCAGAUUGAGCAAGGAAGCAAUUUAAGGAAGAGGCUGACUUUACCCUCUGUGCAUGGCCAUGUAACUACUACAUCUAUCCCUACAGGUGAGGCUGUAGCUGUGAGUGAACGGAACCUUCCUUCAGCUCAGCCAUCUGGCACUCUACCUCAACCGCUUCUUCCACAGCCUAUGAUUUCAUUUGCACCUUCAAAAACGACCGAAGAAGAUAAUAAGAAAGCAGCAGCUGCUGCUGUCGCUGCUAAGCUUGCUGCUUCAACAUCCUCUGCUCAGAUGCUUACAUCUGUACUUUCGUCCCUUGUUGCAGAAGAAGCUGCCUCUAUGAAUGGUAGCUUAAAAUCCGGUGGGUUCACAUCAGGGUUAUCAAUGUUUCCUCCAGAAAAGCGCCCCAAACUUGAGAAACCAAUGCCUGUAUCAGAUGCUUCAGACAUCCCAAGCACAACUCAUUUCAACCCUUUACAGCAGCAGGCAAUUAACAACAUGCCACUUGCACCAUCAACUGGUAUGCAACCAAUGUCUCAAGGCAACCAGAUUCAGGCUCCCUUUGCUUCUGCUCCACCUCCCCCUCUCUCUCCUGCAAAUCCUUCAGGAAGUCAAUAUAUGCAGUCAACUGGUAUGAUGAUGGGGGUGAUGCCUUACGGAUAUGGAGCGAACACGCUGCCACCACCUCCUCCUCUUCCCCCACAUAUAGCAAUGAAUUUAGCUAGGCCUGCUUCUCAGCCACUACAGCCUCCACAACCACCUCAGUCUCAGUCUCAGUCUUCGCAGCAGCCACAGCCACAGCCACAGCCACAGUCUCAGCCUCAGCAGCAGCCGCAAUCCCAGCCUCAGCAGCAGCAGCCAGCCACUGGGGGAUUUUACUGGCCACCAGGUAUGGGGUUUUACGGGCAAAACCCUCAGUCAACACCAGCUGUACCUCGACAGUAAGCUUUGCCUGAAAAAUCAUAUAUUAUACUACUUGGAAAGGGUCAUGAAAAUAGUAUUUUGGUAUUGGAUUUUAGGUCCAACCUGUCAACCGAUACAACAGGUCAUCAACGUUAUAUUUCCUUGAGAAGAUUAUCAAGGCUGAGUGCGGCCAUGUAUAAUGUAAAUUAGUAGAGAAGUUAUAGGCAUCAGUUGCGUUGUCUUAGAUCUGAGCCCCAUCAUCCACUUCCUUAACUCAUUGGCUCAACUGAGUUUCAGUUCUAAUAUGUUUCAUGUUCCCGCAACUCUUUACUUUUAGCAUUACUACAUUAUAGUUCAGACAUAGCCUGUAAGUUGAUGUACCAAAAUAGCAAGGAUCCGCCUUUGUCUGA